UGUUGACACAAUCUACCUGUCAAGGCCUGGAUUCUAGCCGCUGUGGGCUGGCAAGGGUGGAGAAGAAUGUACACUAAUUUUGGCUUAGAAGAUUCAAAUUGUGACCAGGCUGUAGGAUCCCCAGUGGAAUUGAAAAAACGCACGGUUCUGGAGAGAGUCCCGAUUUCGCCACCCCCUCCUUCCAUCUAAGUCGGCGUCCAGCGUCUAAGCCAACUCCACACAAGUGACCUUUGAUCCCUCCACCCCUCGUGCCCCAUCAGGCGCGCGCAUGCGCGUGCUCCCUUGUCGGCGACCAGAAUGUUCAAACUGUACUCAUACACCAGCGAUGUGCUUGACUUUAGCAAGCUGGAGGACCCCAGCGAGACGUGGGCACUGGGCGAGACCAUCGGCGAGGGCACGUAUGGGGCGGUCUACAUGGGCACACACAAAGCCACUGCUGUGUGGCGCGGGGUCAGUGACCGAGCUGGCGAGACAUCUUCUCAACCAGGAACAGCGGAUGGAACCUGAUCUCAUCGCUCACAUCAUGAAGGAAACGCUCAAAGUACUUGACCACCUGCACUACCACCAGGUCAUCCACCGCGAUGUCAAAGGUCACAACAUCCUCAUCACUGGCCAGGGACAAAUCAAAAUGGUGGACUUUGGUGUGUCAGGUCACCUCGACUUUCCCAACGGCCGCAUGAAGACGCACGUCGGCACACCCUACUGGAUGGCUCCUGAGGUGAUCGCGUGUGAGCAGCAGCUGGAGUACAGCUAUGACGUCCGCUGUGACGUGUGGUCCUUGGGCAUCACGGCCAUCGAACUGGCGGACGGGAAGCCGCCCUUGGGCGACCUUGACCCUCGGAGAGCACUCUUCAAGAUACCCAGGAGCCCAGCCCCAACACUACGUCAUACUGAUCAGUGGCCUGCCGAGCUGAACGACUUCAUAGCUCAUUACGGAAGCGUCUGGUGAGCCUGACGGCCAACAUGGAGAGGAAAAUCUCCGAGCCCGAAGUGACCACCAAGCAUGGCCAGCUCAAGCCCAACAGGAAGUCCAGACGGGAGGGCCCGCCCACCGCCGAUAAUCUGACACAGCUGGAGGUUCUAGAUGAGGAAACGAUAGUGCAACAGCUGGAGCUGCGCUACAGCGCGGACGAAAUCUACACUUACAUCGGGGAUAUUCUGUUGGCUGUCAACCCUUUUGUCUCACUGCCAAUCUACACUGAUGAGUAUAUCCGACGCUACAUGCAUGCUGUCAAGGCUGACAACCCCCCACACAUCUAUGCAGUGGCUGACCAGGCUUAUCAGAUGAUGAUGCACAACAAGAAACAUCAGUGUAUUGUCAUCAGUGGGGAGUCUGGUGCGGGGAAAACCGAGUCGGCCAACCUUCUUGUGCAGCAGCUUACACAGCUUGGCAAGGCACCCAACAGAACUCUGGAAGAGAAAAUCUUGCAAGUGAAUCCCUUAAUGGAAGCAUUUGGCAAUGCGAAGACCGUUAUCAAUGACAACUCGAGUCGGUUUGGGAAAUACUUAGAGAUGUUCUUCACUGCCUCUUCAGGCACAGUCAUUGGAGCCAAAAUCACUGAAUACUUGUUGGAAAAGUCACGAGUGAUCAACCAAGCUCCAGGCGAGCAGAACUUCCACAUCUUCUACUACGUCCACGAUGGUCUCAUGUCCAGCGACCGACAGGAGGAAUACCAUCUCAAGCCACGCACCUUGUACAAGUACAUAGCCGAGUACACAGAGAAGGCCACAGAUGUGUCGGCUGUCUCCAUCAACAGGGUCAAAUUCAGGGCCAUAGAACACUGCUUCGACAUCAUCGGAUUCAGGCAUGAGGAUGUGACCUCCGUGUACGCUAUCUUGGCUGCCAUCCUGCACACGGGCAACAUUGAGUUUGUACCCAAAGACUCUGGCUAUGGUGGAGAGGCUAGUGCAGUCUCCAACACAGAUCUCAUCACUACAGUCUCCCAGCUCCUGGGCCUCGACUUCACGGACCUCCUGGAGUGUCUGACCACCACAGGCAUGGUGGCCAAAGGGGAGGUCAUCGUGAGGGACAACUCCAUCCGUGAAGCCUGCGACUCGCGUGAUGCCAUGGCCAAGGCUCUGUACGGCCGCCUCUUCAGCUGGAUUGUGAAUCGCAUCAGCUCGCUACUGAAACCUGGCCGCUCACAAAUCAGCGACGAUGAAUGUUACGUGAGUGGCCUGCUGGACAUUUUUGGUUUUGAAAAUUUCAAGACCAACUCCUUCGAGCAGCUGUGUAUCAACAUUGCCAACGAGCAGAUACAGUACUACUUUAAUCAACACAUCUUUGCCUGGGAGCUGGAGGAAUACAAGAAUGAGGGGAUCGAUGCUGCCGAGGUGAACUAUGUGGACAAUCGCCCUAUUCUGGACAUGUUUCUGAGCAAACCUGUGGGGCUGCUGGCUCUUCUGGAUGAGGAGAGCCAUUUCCCUCAGUCAACUGACCUCACCCUUGUUGAAAAAUUCCAGCAGAACAUCAAGUCACCUCAUUACUGUAAAACCAAGUCAAGCAAUGUAAAUUUUGCCAUCGACCACUUUGCAGGCAAGGUGGAGUAUGAUGCCCGAGGGUUACUGGAGAAGAACAGAGACCGUCUGCCCAUUGAGAUCCUCAACAUCAUGCGCCUGUCGGAGAACGAGGUGGUCAAGGCGCUGUUCCAGACACCUCUCACAAAGACAGGCAACCUGGCCAGUGGUAGCCUCACCUCCAGCUCGCGCUCGUCCCGUGUGGGCAGUCCCAUGUCUACAUCCUCCUCAGCCAUCAACAUCUCCUCCUACAACUCCAAGAGCACGUCCAGCAUGGGCGGCAGCAGGAUCUACAGUCUUCUUCACACCAGCUCCUCCACGGCCAGCUCGGCCAGUAUGACGCGCAUCCAGCAGACGGUGGCCACCUACUUCCGUUUCUCGCUCAUGGACCUCCUCAACAAGAUGGUGGCCGGAACCCCGCACUUUGUCCGGUGCCUGAAGCCGAAUGACGUGAAGGAACCUGGGAAUUUCCAGCCCGCGCGCGUGACGACACAGCUCAGGUACACGGGAGUCCUGGAGACCACGCGCAUCCGUCGCCAGGGCUACUCACACAGGAUCGUCUUCUCCGAGUUCCUCAAGAGGUACCACGUGCUAGGAUUCCGUCAUGAUGAAGCAGUGUCGGUGACAGGAGAGAGCUGUCAGAUCUUGCUGGAGCGACUCGGCAUGAGCAAGUGGGCCAUUGGCAAGUCCAAGGUGUUCCUCAAGUACUACCACGUGGAGGAACUGGCUCAGAAGUACGAGGAAGUCUGUCAGAAGAUUGUGCGAGUCCAGGCCUACAUCCGCAUGUGGCUGGCUCGCUCACGCUUCUACCAGCUGCGGUGGAAGAGGGACAAGGCUGCCCUCAUGAUACAGAGGCACAUGCGGGGCUUUGUGGUCAGGCGGAAAUUUACAGCCAUGAACAGGAAGCGUCAUGAUGCUGCCACCACCAUACAGAAAAUGGCUCGGGGUCAGCAGACCAGGAAGAAGUACCAGCCCAUCCUGGCCCAGCGCCGUGAGGCAUCGGUCAAGAUCCAGAGUCAGGUCCGUCGGUUCCUGUGUCGGCGCCGCUACAGCAAGAUGAGGCUUGUACGGGAGGAGGAAGAGAGGGUUAGGCAGCGACAGGCGGAGGAGGAGAGUGCACAGAGGAUACAGAGGAUUUUCCGCAUGUACAGACUGAAGAAGAAGACAAACGCCAUUGUGGAGGAGCACAAGACCAGAGAGUUGUCAGCCACCAAAAUCCAGGCCUUCUUCCGCAUGUGGCGACAGAAAGUUGUCUACCGGAAACUGCAGAGGCAAAAGAAGCUGAGUCAGCAGAAAGCCGCCGCUCAGUCACAGCAGGCUGUGUCCAGUAAUGAGAACAUGCUAGAGCGGCAGGACAGCAGCAGCAAAGCUGUUCGGACAGCCACCAGCGCUCUGGCUAGUGCGGUCAAGGACAGCCCAUCACGGAAAAAGACAUCAGCCACUGACUCCCCGAGCAAAAAAGUGUGGGAGCGCGUGUCGCUGCAGGCCGUGGGCGAGGCGCGGAUCGAGCAGAUGAAGAAGAUGAACGAUGUGAAGGCCAUCAUGCCGGACAGGGACGCUCUCUACUACGACAGCGUGA